CUCCCUCUCUCCCCUCUCUCCCUCUCACUCUCUCUCCGCUCACACACACGCAGAGGUGCUGGAGCAAAAUCGGGAGCUUACCGGAGAAUUCUUUGGGAUUGUUGGGGGCAUCUCCCCUCCGUUGCUGUGCGUGGCGUGACUCUCCCUUGAUCCUCCCUGCUUCCCCGAACCUGAGUUCUCGUCUUCAACCUUUCGUGGUGCAGCGGCCACCGCUCAAACCUCGGCUGGGAGAUCCGAAAUGUGAGGAGGGGCCGCUGCUGUCUCCUGCCCCGGGCCGCAGGGUCGGCGCGAGGGAUGCCAGUGCGGACGGCGGGCUGAGGGGCUCUGCCUGACAAACUGAGUUGGCCUCGUGCCGCGGGCGUCUACUCGCCUGCCCCUCCCGUGGCUGCCGCUUCGAGGGGACUCCCAAGUCUGUGCACCUCUGUCAGGCUUUCGCCUCCACCACCCCUUUUGCUCUGAUUCCCGAAUUUUUUUUUCUUCUACUAAGGGAGCGUGCAGUCAGGGGGUGCGUGCGCGUGUGUGAAAAGACCUCUUUCGCCGAGCGGCGUGUGGGAAACUGCGGGAAAAUGUUGACUUAACCCCUGGAGCCGCCCGGCGCUGGCUGCUUGGCUGGAGGCGGCAGCGGCGGCCGAGCAGGAGGACCCGCCGAGCCGUGGGGCCGUGUCCGGCCGGCAAGCCGCGGCGCUGCCUCCCGCGCGGACUCCGCAGCCGGCGACCCGCUCGCGGAGGGCUUCGGCCUUCUCCAGCCACCCGGCUGCUGCCCUCUGCGCCUCUCCCUUCGCGCGGCCCCCGUGCCAGACGGCCCUCCCCCGGGGCACGCUCUCAGACCGAGAUAUGAGGAUCAAUGAUGCAGACUGCUGGGUUCGAUGAAGCUGGGCAUUUAUAACUAGAUUCAUUAAGGAAUACAAAGAAAUAUCUAAAGGGAUCAAUAAUGGUGUCUUCUGGUUGCAGAAUGCGAAGUUUGUGGUUUAUCAUUAUAAUCAGCUUCUUACCGAAUACAGAAGGUUUCAGCAGAGCAGCUUUACCAUUUGGGUUAGUCAGGCGAGAAUUGUCCUGUGAAGGUUAUUCCAUAGAUCUGCGCUGUCCGGGCAGUGAUGUCAUCAUGAUCGAGAGCGCUAACUACGGUAGGACAGAUGACAAGAUUUGUGAUGCGGACCCAUUUCAGAUGGAGAAUACAGACUGCUACCUCCCAGAUGCCUUCAAAAUCAUGACUCAAAGGUGCAACAAUCGAACACAAUGUAUAGUAGUUACUGGGUCAGAAGUAUUUCCUGAUCCAUGUCCUGGGACAUACAAAUAUCUUGAAGUCCAAUAUGAAUGUGUUCCUUACAAAGUGGAGCAAAAAGUUUUUGUGUGCCCUGGGACCUUGAAAGCAAUUGUGGACUCCCCAUGUAUAUAUGAAGCUGAACAAAAGGCAGGUGCUUGGUGCAAGGACCCUCUUCAGGCUGCAGAUAAAAUUUAUUUCAUGCCCUGGACUCCCUACCGCACUGAUACUUUAAUAGAGUAUGCUUCUUUAGAAGAUUUCCAAAACAGUCGCCAAACAACAACAUAUAAACUUCCAAAUCGAGUAGAUGGUACUGGAUUUGUGGUAUAUGAUGGUGCUGUCUUCUUUAACAAAGAAAGAACAAGGAAUAUUGUGAAAUUUGACUUGAGGACUAGAAUUAAGAGUGGAGAGGCCAUAAUUAACUAUGCCAACUACCAUGAUACCUCUCCGUACCGAUGGGGAGGAAAGACGGAUAUCGACCUAGCAGUUGAUGAGAAUGGCUUGUGGGUCAUUUAUGCCACUGAACAGAACAAUGGAAUGAUAGUCAUUAGUCAGCUGAAUCCAUACACUCUUCGAUUUGAAGCAACCUGGGAGACUAUCUAUGACAAACGUGCUGCAUCAAAUGCUUUUAUGAUAUGUGGAGUCCUUUAUGUGGUCAGGUCAGUUUAUCAAGACAAUGAAAGUGAAACAGGCAAGAAUGCAAUCGAUUACAUCUAUAACACCCGAUUAAACCGAGGAGAAUAUGUAGAUGUUCCCUUUCCCAACCAGUACCAGUACAUUGCUGCGGUGGAUUACAAUCCAAGAGACAACCAACUCUACGUGUGGAACAAUAACUUUAUUUUACGAUACUCUCUGGAGUUUGGUCCACCUGAUCCUGCCCAAGUGCCUACCACAGCUGUGACAAUAACUUCUUCAGCUGAGCUGUUCAAAACCACAGUAUCAACCACAAGCACUACUUCACAGAAAGGCCCCAUGAGCACAACUGUAGCUGGAUCCCAGGAAGGAAGCAAGGGAACAAAACCACCUCCAGCAGUUUCUACGACCAAAAUUCCUCCUGUAACAAAUAUUUUUCCCCUGCCAGAGAGAUUCUGCGAAGCAUUAGACGCGAGGGGGAUAAAGUGGCCUCAGACACAAAGGGGAAUGAUGGUUGAGCGGCCGUGUCCCAAGGGAACAAGAGGAACUGCUUCAUAUCUCUGCAUGGUUUCCACUGGAACAUGGAACCCUAAGGGCCCCGAUCUUAGCAACUGUACCUCACACUGGGUAAAUCAGCUGGCUCAGAAGAUCAGAAGUGGAGAAAAUGCUGCUAGUCUUGCCAAUGAACUGGCUAAACAUACCAAAGGGCCAGUGUUUGCAGGGGAUGUGAGUUCUUCAGUGAGAUUGAUGGAGCAGUUGGUGGACAUCCUUGAUGCACAGCUGCAAGAACUGAAACCUAGUGAAAAGGAUUCAGCUGGACGGAGUUAUAACAAGCUCCAAAAACGAGAGAAGACAUGCAGGGCUUACCUUAAGGCAAUUGUUGACACAGUGGACAACCUUCUGAGACCUGAAGCUUUGGAAUCCUGGAAACACAUGAACUCCUCUGAACAAGCACACACUGCAACAAUGUUACUGGACACAUUGGAAGAAGGUGCUUUUGUCCUAGCUGACAAUCUCUUGGAACCAACCAGGGUCUCCAUGCCCACAGAAAACAUUGUUCUGGAGGUUGCAGUCCUCAGUACAGAAGGCCAGGUCCAGGACUUUAAGUUUCCUCUGGGCAUCAAGGGAGCAGGCAGCUCAAUCCAACUCUCUGCCAACACUGUCAAACAAAACAGCAGGAAUGGGCUUGCAAAGUUGGUGUUCAUCAUUUACCGGAGUCUGGGACAGUUCCUUAGUACAGAGAAUGCAACCAUAAAACUGGGUGCGGACUUUAUUGGUCGUAAUAGCACCAUCGCAGUGAACUCUCACGUCAUUUCAGUUUCAAUCAAUAAGGAGUCCAGCCGCGUGUACCUGACUGAUCCUGUGCUUUUUACCCUACCACACAUUGAUCCUGACAAUUAUUUCAAUGCAAACUGCUCUUUCUGGAACUACUCAGAGAGAACUAUGAUGGGAUAUUGGUCUACCCAGGGCUGCAAGCUGGUUGACACAAAUAAAACUCGUACAACAUGUGCAUGUAGCCACCUAACCAAUUUUGCCAUUCUCAUGGCCCACAGGAAAAUUGCAUAUAAAGAUGGAGUUCAUGAAUUACUUCUCACAGUCAUCACCUGGGUGGGAAUUGUCGUUUCCCUUGUAUGCCUGGCUAUCUGCAUCUUCACCUUCUGUUUUUUCCGUGGUCUACAGAGUGACCGUAAUACUAUUCACAAGAACCUUUGUAUCAACCUUUUCAUUGCUGAGUUUAUUUUUCUAAUUGGCAUUGAUAAGACAAAAUAUACGAUUGCAUGCCCAAUAUUUGCAGGACUUCUACACUUUUUCUUUUUGGCAGCUUUUGCUUGGAUGUGCCUAGAAGGUGUGCAACUCUAUUUAAUGUUAGUUGAAGUUUUCGAAAGUGAAUAUUCAAGGAAGAAAUAUUAUUAUGUUGCUGGUUACUUGUUUCCUGCCACAGUGGUUGGAGUUUCAGCUGCUAUUGACUAUAAGAGCUAUGGAACAGUAAAAGCUUGCUGGCUUCGUGUUGACAACUAUUUUAUUUGGAGUUUCAUUGGACCUGUCACCUUCAUUAUUCUGUUAAAUAUCAUCUUUCUGGUGAUCACAUUGUGCAAAAUGGUGAAGCAUUCAAACACUUUGAAACCAGAUUCUAGCAGGUUGGAAAACAUUAAUAAUUACCGUGUUUGUGAUGGCUACUAUAAUACGGACUUACCUGGCUAUGAAGAUAAUAAGCCAUUUAUCAAGUCUUGGGUGCUUGGUGCUUUUGCUCUGCUGUGUCUUCUUGGCCUCACCUGGUCAUUUGGGUUGCUUUUUAUUAAUGAGGAGACUGUUGUGAUGGCGUAUCUCUUCACCAUCUUUAAUGCUUUCCAGGGAGUGUUCAUUUUCAUCUUUCACUGUGCUCUCCAGAAGAAAGUACGAAAAGAAUAUGGCAAGUGCUUCAGACACUCAUAUUGCUGUGGUGGACUCCCAACUGAGAGCCCCCACAGUUCUGUGAAGGCAUCAACCACCAGAACCAGUGCUCGGUAUUCCUCUGGCACACAGAGUCGUAUAAGAAGGAUGUGGAAUGACACUGUGAGAAAACAAUCUGAAUCUUCUUUUAUCUCAGGUGACAUCAAUAGCACUUCAACACUUAAUCAAGGAAUGACUGGCAAUUACCUACUAACAAACCCUCUUCUUCGACCCCACGGCACUAACAACCCCUAUAACACAUUGCUCGCUGAAACAGUUGUAUGUAAUGCCCCUUCAGCUCCUGUAUUUAACUCACCAGCAACCUACAGAGAGACAAGACAUUCACUGAACAAUGCCAGGGAUACAAGUGCCAUGGAUACUCUACCGCUAAAUGGUAAUUUCAACAACAGCUACUCACUGCGCAAGGGGGACUACAACGACAGUGUGCAAGUUGUGGACUGUGGACUAAGUCUGAAUGAUACCGCUUUUGAAAAAAUGAUCAUUUCAGAAUUAGUGCACAACAAUCUUCGGGGCAGCAGCAAGACUCACAACCUCGAGCUCACACUCCCGGUCAAGCCAGUGAUCGGAGGCAGCAGCAGCGAAGAUGAUGCUAUCGUGGCAGAUGCUUCAUCUUUAAUGCACGGCGACAACCCAGGGCUAGAGCUCCAUCACAAAGAACUCGAGGCCCCGCUUAUUCCUCAGCGGACUCACUCCCUUCUCUACCAACCCCAGAAGAAAGCGAAACCCGAGGGAACUGACAGCUAUGUCUCGCAGCUGACCGCGGAGGCGGAGGAUCACCUGCAGUCCCCCAACAGAGACUCUCUGUACACAAGCAUGCCCAACCUUAGAGACUCACCCUAUCAGGAGAGCAGCCCCGACAUGGAAGAAGACCUCUCUCCCUCCAGGAGGAGUGAGAAUGAGGACCUUUACUAUAAAAGCAUGCCAAAUCUCGGAGCUGGACGGCAGCUUCAGAUGUGCUACCAGAUCAGCAGGGGCAAUAGCGAUGGUUAUAUAAUCCCCAUUAACAAAGAAGGGUGUAUCCCGGAAGGGGAUGUUAGAGAAGGACAGAUGCAACUGGUAACAAGUCUUUAAUAGUACAGCUAAGGAAUUCCAAGGGCCACAUGCAAGUAUUAAUAAGUAAAAUAAAAGACUCCUUUGGCCCCGUGCAGCUCUCCCUCCAAGUCUGCUUGAAGAGAUGACUCUGUUGACCUGUGGUUCUCCGGUGUAAAAAAAAAAAAAAAAAAAAAAAAAAAAAGAUGACUGAACCUUGCAGUUCUGUGAAUUUUUAUAAAACAUACAAAAACUUUGUAUAUACACAGAGUAUACUAAAAUGAAUUAUUUGUUACAAAGAAAAGAGAUGCCAACCAGGUAUUUUAAGAUUCUGCUGCUGUUUAGAGAAAUUGUGAAACAAGCAAAAUAAAACUUUCCAGCCAUUUUACUGCAGCAGUUUGUGAACUUAAUUUGUAAAUAUGGCUGCACCAUUUUUGUAGGCCUGCAUUGUAUUAUAUACAAGACGUAGGCUUUAAAAUCCUGUGGGACAAAUUUACUGUACCUUACUGUUCCUGACAAGACUUGGAAAAGCAGGAGAGAUAUUCUGCGUCAGUUUGCAGUUCACUGCAAAUCUUUUACAUUAAGGCAAAGAUUGAAAACAUGUUUAACCACUAGCAAUCAAGCCACAGGCCUUAUUUCAUAUGUUUCCUCAACUGUACAAUGAACUAUUCUCAUGAAAAAAAAAUGGCUAAAGAAAUUAUAUUUUGUUCUAUUGCUAGGGUAAAAAUAAAUACAUUUGUGUCCAACUGAAAUAUAAUUGUCAUUAAAAUAAUUUUAAAAGAGUUUGAAGAAAAUAUUGUGAAAAGCUCUUGGUUGCACAUAUGUUAUGAAAUGUUUUUUCUUACACUUUGUCAUGGUAAGUUCUACCCGUUUUCACUUAUUUUCCACUGUAUACAGUGUUCUGCUUUGACCAGUUAGUCUUUAUUCUUACAUUUAAAUUUCUUAUUGCCAAAAGAACAAAGUGUUUUAUGGGGAGAAAACGCUUCAAAGCCAGUUCUGCCAUGCCUUGCACAAAUGUGGUGAAAUCUAGAAAAGAUUGUGUGUCAUCCUUCUGUUUAUUCUUGGAACAGAGGGCAAAGAGGGCACUGGGCACUUCUCACAAACUUUCUAGUGAACAAAAGGUGCCUAUUCUUUUUUUAAAAAAAGAAAAUAAAACAAAUAUUACUCUUCCAUAUCCCUUCUGCCUAUAUUUAGUAAUUAAUUUAUUUUAUGAUAAAGUUCUAAUGAAAUGUAAAUUGUUUCAGCAAAAUUCUGCUUUUCUUUUCAUCCCUUUGUGUAAACCUGUUAAUAAUGAGCCCAUCACUAAUAUCCAGUGUAAAGUUUAACACGGUUUGACAGUAAAUAAAUGUGAAUUUUUUCAAGUAGUUAAUGUGCACUUUUAUAUAUGAUACAUAAUUGGCUUUAACACAUUGAUCCUUUCCCACUCCUUCCUCCCCUUGGUUGAGGUGACUUCAUAGUUUAGGUAAUCCAUGGAUAUGUAAAAGAAUGCCAUUAAGUUGCCUGUUCAUUCUUCAUGUAAAAGGAUUACAUAUGCACAAAAUCUGGCAGAUAACUUUUCAAUAGGGAAAUAUACUAGAAGUAUUUUUUUGUUGUUGUUGCAUUGCACCCAAACUAAAAAUAAAUAAAUAAAUAAAAGAAGGUUUGGGAUUUCUACCAUCACAUUUGGGCAUCAUAAUUUUUUUUUUCUUAAAUUGAUUUUUCAGCAGUAUAUUGAGAAAUUCCUAAAACAUACUUUUACAGUUUGAGGAUUAUUAGUAUCUCUAUAGACAGCUGUGAAUGACAGUAUUUCUUAUCAUUGAAAGGUUUUGCUCCAAGUUCAAAAAUCAUAUAAUUGAAUCUCAACAAAUAGAUUUUUCCUAUUUAUAUCAUGAGCAUUUACUCCAAAUUCUUCUAAAGCUUAGUGGUUCUCUCAAAUGCUUCUACAAAGUUAGAAAUCACUUUUUUUUUUUUUAAAUGUGGGCAUACUUGGACAUGCCUAUUGAAUUUUAAAAGAGUAAGGACGAAUUUUAAGUAUAUACUCAUGUACUUAAAAGUGGAUACAGUGAAGUAGACACUAAAUACUGAAAAUAAAUUUAUCAAUCCUCUGAGAAAACAAAAUUCCACAUAAUUGUAUUUGCUAACAUUUUUCAGGAAUUUACAAAAUUUUAUUUGCUGGAAAGGAAUGUUAUAAAUACAAUUUUCAGUCUUGUUUUGCUUUUUCUUUUCAGUGCCUGAAACUACAGUAUUGUGUAAUAUAUUUUUCUUAGUGAACAACCUAACUAGGGUCAGGCCAUUUUGCUAAUUAAUUUAAAAAAAAAAAAAGAUGAAGAAGAAUAAAUGAAGAAAGGCAACAAUGACCACUCUGCUUACUAGUCCCAUCUCUGUGUCUCU